ACUGGCCUUUAGCUCCGAACAACGACAUUAUGGCUCUGACCGACCACAGCGACCACGCCAGCUAUGUAGAGUCCGGCUUCGCGGGGAAGAUGGGAUGGGGAAGCAAACCUGCGCUGCUGCUUAUCGAUGUUUGCAACGCGUACUGGAGUAAAGAUAGUCCGUUGGACACCAGCUCGAACCCUGCCUCUGCGGCUGCGCCUGCCUCAAUUGCGAAACUCAUCGCUGCCGCUCGAGAGGGAAAGGUGCCAUUGAUAUGGACGAGGGUUGAAUAUACUGAGCCAGACAUGUCGGACGCUGGAGUAUUCUUCUGUAAAGCACCUCUACUAAAGGUCUUCCAAAAGGGCAACGAAACAGGGCUGGAAAGCUGGGUUCUAGGCUUGGAGCCCAAGGAGGGAGAACUUGUUAUCUCCAAGCGCUACCCGAGCGCAUUCUUUGCGACCGAUCUCAACACACGACUUCAACUCAGAGGCAUUGAUACGCUGGUUGUAUGUGGUGUCAGUACGAGCGGUUGCGUGCGUGCGAGCGCCCUCGAUGCAAUGUGCCUAGGGUAUCGGCCAAUGGUUGUUGGCGAGGCUUGCGGUGAUCGAUCACCUGCUGUCCAUAACGCGAAUAUAUUUGACAUGAACGCAAAGAUGGCUGAUGUAGUUUCAGAAAGCGAAGCGAUUGGGAAGUUGAAGGCCGGAUGGCUAUGAUCGAUAUAGGCAUCACUGUUGAACGUGUUGAACGUGUCGAAUGUAGAUUCGAGCCCCGAUCUUUCUAUUGAACUGAAGCAUAAGCUUCAGCCUAUACACUACGAUUACGGACC